AUGACAUUACAACAAUCAACUUAUUCUCAUCCUAUUAUCAAUGCUUUUGCACGUGAAAAAUUUUAUGAACUUGCUAAAAAACAUAUUGAUACAUUAAAUCUUAAAUUUUGUAAUAAAGCUGUUAUCACUUGUGUUCAAAGUCAAUGGCUCAUAGUCAAUUCUAUUUAUCAGCAUGUCUUCGAAGCACAUGGCGGAACUGAUAAAGCAUAUUACAGUGCUCUCAUCUGCAUCAAUACUAAUGGUUAA